CGCGCCGCACAGUUUUUGGGCAGUCCGGCUGCCUUGGUACACACGAAAGCAGCCCAAGUCAAACGGUGGCCCCGCACAGGGGACUUCACCUGUCUUCUAGGAGCGGGAGACGCAGGUGCACCCCCCCUCCCAAAAAAAAAAAAAGCUAGGAACCGCCCUCCCGUCCAAUCAGGAGGCAAAUAGCUGAUAUGCAAAUAAGGCGGAUCGUCACGUUAGCGGAGGUCGCCGGCAGCGACGGCACUGAUUAAAAAAACAAGGGAGAGGAAAAAAAUCAACUUGGGAGUUCGAGAACAAGCAUUUCUCUGGACUGACGGGCUGCUCACUGGGAGCGUCGCGACGCCACUGGGCGAGCCGAUUAAGUUGGAGAUGCUGCACUACCUUUCCUAAUUGGCUGGUGAUGCAGAACAUGUUUUUGAUCUUCAGGAACUAAAUUGCAUUCUAGGGAUUUGUUUCUAACAGGGUGGACUGUGGCUUCUCACAGUCCAGGUCUGUGGACACUGCUGGAGUAGGACUAAUCUCACAAUGGACUUGUUUGAUGAUCCAAUUUUGUAUACCAGAGGCAUGGAGGCUCUUUCAGAUGACAGCUUUGUCCUCUCGGGCUCCUCCUUGCUUGUAGAUGAUCUGAACCUUAAUGCAGAGUUUGAGCCCCUCCAGGUGGAACCUCUGGAUCAUGUGAAGCAGACCGGGAACACCUCAACAUCUCAGCCUAUCCUUGGCUUUGAGCAGCAUGUCAGUCCAUUUGAGUCCCUCAAGGAGACACACCCCCUAGACCAUGCCUUCUCAAUUGGAGUGGAAAAUGGAAGUGUGCUAACACCACCUUGUUCUCAGCAUGCUCCUUCCCCUACACACCAGUCAAGUCAGUCAAAUGGCUUGUUUCCAGGUGCCUCAAACAGCAGCCCAAUGUGGGGACAUCACCAUGAGAAUGGGACAGAAUUUCACCAGCAUAGUGGGGUUUCCCAUUCUAUGCAGCAACACAACAAAAGUUUCACAGAGCACCAGAACUUUGGGUUAUUUCAAACUGGUUCAUUGCAUCAGAGCCACCACCCGACCCAUCCUAUGCCACCUACACCAGUUUCUCAGGAGAAUAUAAACCAGUCCAAAUUGUUCAUGGAUGUAAACAGCACAUCUUCUAUGACAAAUGUUCACCGGACAGGAAGGAUGAGCAGCCAUCUUGGUUCUCAUCAUUCUGCUACUUCUCACCAGCUUUGUAACCUGGCCUCAAAUUUACAGCUGCCUUACCGGAGACCAUCUUCAACUCUAGCCCUGCCUUCCUGCUCUGUGAAUCAGAAUUCCCAUUUUCAGAAUUCGCCUUCCAGCUACACUUAUUCCGGUAAUACAUGUGUGAACAGUGAGAAGGUGCUGUCUGCGGGUUCAUUUUCCAACACAGUGCAGGCACCAGUUUCAGAUUUCCUAGAGGAGUCCGACUCCUUUCUUUUACUGGCAGGAGCCAGACAGGGACCUGCAGAACAACAACAACAGCAGGUGACACAAAAUCCUGUGUGUGAAAAUUCUUUUCAUGCAAAAAAUACUCAGGGUGGUUUUACCAGAGCAAGAAAUCCUACUGAAGAGUUGAGCUGCUUUCAAACAGCAUUGAGACGCUCCUCUGAGCAGUUUGGCAGCUCGCAUCCAACAUCGGGUCCUGUACCAAACAGCAGUGGCUUUUCUGAACUGGAAGAGAACUUACUUCAGCAAAUGGAUACUCCGUCUAUGCCUUUUGGAGACCUUGAUCCAGAUGAUCUUCUUGAGGGGAGCUUGCUGCCUCAGUUUGAAACCAGUUUUGGACAUGAAAACCCAUGUGCUUCUAUGGAAUCCCAUCCAUGUGACAACGCCUGGCCAGAUGUUAAUGACUCAGCACCUUGUUUCAAGCAACAGCCCCCUACCUCUAAAAACACUAAUGACUCUGGUAUGCCGGCUAAGCCAUACAGUGCCAAGGUGAAGAGCAACACCUCUAUCACGUCAGAAAAAAAGCAGAAGAAAAAGGCAUCAAUGGAAGUACUGGUGGAAGAUAAACAAGAAAAAGCAAACCGCAUAAUAUCAGAGGCAAUUGCCAAGGCCCGGGAACGUGGUGAGAAGAACAUUCCUCGGGUCAUGAGUCCUGAGAGUUUCCCUACCUCCUCCACUGAGGUCUGCCAAGAAAGGAAGGUUCGAAAGCUCAAAAAUAAACCUAAGGAAAAAUUGUUAAAGAAGAGCAAAGGUGGUCCAUCCUCUAAAGCAAAGCAGAAGUCAAAGAUUGGGAAAAUUGUUAUUAAAUUUGGUAAGAAGAAGAAGCGGAAAAAUGAGUCUUCAGAUGAAGUGUCUGAUACAGAACCAAUAUCCCACCACUCUGCCAAGGAUGAGGAUGUGACAAGGAGAUCAAACCGUCAAGUCAAAAGGAAAAAAUAUGCAGAAGAUGGAGAAUCCAAGAUUUCUGAUGAAGAGGUAAAGGUUUCAAAUAAAACCAAAAAGCUGACAGCAACAACAACAACAACAACCCCGUCUUCCAGAACUGAACAGCCACUGCAGCUUUUUGUGGAAAAUCCAAGUGAAGAAGAUGCAGCAGUUGUUGAUAAAAUCAUGUCUUCAAGAAUUGUUAAAAAAGAGGUUUCUCCUGGGGUGAUGGCAGAGAUUGAAGAGUUUUUUGUCAAAUACAAAAACUACUCCUACCUGCACUGUGAAUGGGCCACUGAGGAGCAACUUCUGAAAGACAAGAGGAUCCAACAAAAAAUAAAGCGCUUCAAGAUAAAGCAGGCACAAAGGGCUCACUUCUUUGCAGAUAUGGAGGAGGACCCUUUCAAUCCAGAUUACAUUGAAGUGGAUCGUGUGCUAGAGGUUUCAUAUUGUGAAGACAGCGACACAGGAGAGCCCAUAAUUUAUUAUUUAGUGAAGUGGUGCUCUUUGCCUUAUGAAGACAGCACAUGGGAGCUCAAGGAGGAUGUAGAUCAGAGCAAAAUUGAGGAAUUUGAGCUUUUGCAAACAGCCCAACCAGACACAAGGAGGAUAGAGCGGCCCCCAGCCAAUAUGUGGAAGAAAAUUGAGCGAUCCAGAGAAUAUCGGAAUGGUAAUCGACUCAGGGACUACCAGCUGGAAGGAGUAAAUUGGCUUCUCUUUAACUGGUACAACAGGCAAAACUGUAUUCUUGCUGAUGAAAUGGGUCUUGGAAAGACUAUUCAGUCCAUCACAUUCCUUGAAGAAAUUUAUCUAACUGGUGUCCGGAGGCCCUUUCUCAUCAUCGCUCCACUUUCUACUAUUGCCAACUGGGAACGAGAAUUUCGCACAUGGACUGACUUGAAUGUUAUUGUAUAUCAUGGCAGCAUGGUCAGUCGGCAAAUGCUUCAGCAGUAUGAAAUGUACUUCAGGGAUUCACAGGGCCGCAUUAUCCGUGGAGCCUACAAAUUCCAAGCCAUCAUCACCACAUUCGAGAUGAUUCUAGGUGGCUGUCCAGAAUUAAAUGCCAUUGAAUGGCGCUGUGUCAUCAUUGAUGAAGCACAUCGGCUCAAAAACAAAAACUGCAAACUACUGGAGGGAUUUAAGCUCAUGAACCUGGAACACAAGGUUCUCUUAACUGGGACUCCAUUGCAAAAUACUGUGGAAGAGCUCUUCAGUCUCCUGCACUUCCUUGAGCCAGUCCGUUUUCCUUCAGAGUCAACAUUCAUGCAAGAGUUUGGGGACCUGAAGACAGAAGAGCAGGUUCAGAAGCUACAGGCCAUCCUAAAGCCAAUGAUGCUCCGGCGCUUGAAAGAAGAUGUAGAAAAGAAGCUUGCACCUAAGGAGGAGACCAUUAUUGAGGUUGAACUGACCAACAUUCAGAAGAAAUAUUAUCGGGCAAUCUUGGAGAAAAACUUUUCCUUCCUGACUAAAGGCGCCGGUCAAGCUAAUGUGCCCAAUCUUGUCAACACUAUGAUGGAGUUGCGCAAAUGUUGUAAUCACCCAUACCUUAUAAAGGGUGCCGAAGAGAAGAUUUUGGAAGAGUUCAAAGAUACAUACAGUCCUGCCUCCUCUGACUUUCAUCUGCAGGCAAUGAUCCAGUCUGCUGGAAAAUUAGUUCUCAUUGACAAGCUGCUUCCCAAGAUGAAGGAUGGGGGCCACAAAGUUCUGAUUUUUUCCCAAAUGGUUCGAUGCUUGGAUAUCCUUGAGGACUAUCUCAUACAAAGAAGGUACCUCUAUGAGCGGAUUGAUGGUAGAGUGAGAGGAAAUUUGCGCCAAGCUGCUAUUGACCGCUUUAGCAAACCUGACUCUGACCGCUUUGUGUUCCUACUCUGCACCAGAGCUGGAGGCCUGGGUAUCAACUUAACUGCUGCUGACACAUGCAUUAUUUUUGAUUCUGACUGGAACCCCCAGAAUGAUCUACAGGCUCAGGCAAGGUGCCACCGAAUUGGCCAGAACAAAGCCGUGAAAGUGUACAGACUAAUAACCCGGAAUUCCUAUGAAAGAGAGAUGUUUGACCGAGCAAGUCUUAAAUUGGGACUGGACAAAGCAGUGCUGCAGAGCAUGAGUGGUAGAGAAAACAGUGUUGGAGGCCAGAUCCAGCAGCUGUCCAAGAAAGAAAUUGAAGACUUGCUACGAAGAGGAGCCUAUGGUGCAAUAAUGGAUGAAGAGGAUGAGGGUUCAAAGUUUUGUGAGGAAGACAUUGAUCAGAUCCUUCAACGGCGAACUAAAACCAUUACAAUUGAGUCAGAAGGAAGGGGUUCAACUUUUGCAAAAGCAAGUUUUGUGGCAUCUGGAAACAGAACUGAUAUUGCCCUAGAUGAUCCAAAUUUCUGGGAUAAGUGGGCUAAGAAAGCAGAGAUAGAUAUGGAUGCUAUCAAUGGUAGAAACAGUUUAGUGAUUGACACACCAAGGGUGAGGAAGCAGACACGUCCCUUCAGUGCAACAAAAGAUGAAUUGGCUGAACUGUCUGAAGCAGAGAGUGAAGGUGAUGACAAGCCAAAGCUUCGUAGGCCAUAUGACCGCCUUAAUGGAUACGGCAGGACAGAGUGCUUCAGGGUGGAAAAGAACUUGUUGGUCUAUGGGUGGGGGCGCUGGAAAGAUAUCCUGGUGCAUGGCCGCUUCAAGAGGCAACUAAACGAGCAUGAUGUGGAAAUUAUUUGCCGGGCCCUGCUAUCUUACUGCUUAGUUCAUUACAGGGGCGAUGAAAAGAUUAAGAGCUUUAUGUGGGAUCUCAUUGCUCCUACAGAAGAUGGUCAGACCAAGGAACUUCAGAAUCAUCUUGGUCUUUCUGCACCAGUUCCCAGAGGUCGUAAAGGGAAGAAAGUCAAAAACCAACCAAGCACGUUCGACAUCCAGAAAGCUGAAUGGCUGCGUAAGCACAAUCCUGAGCAUCUGUUACAAGAUGACGGCUACAAGAAGCAUCUGAAGCACCACUGUAACAAGGUGCUUCUCAGGGUGAGAAUGCUGUACUAUCUGAGGCAGGAGGUCAUUGGAGAUCAGUACCAGAAGGUCAUUGAUGGUGUCGAUCAAUGUGAGAUUGAAGUUUGGAUUCCAGAGCUUGAUCAUUCGGAGCUUCCUGCAAAAUGGUGGGAUAAGGAUGCAGACAAGUGUCUUCUGUUAGGUGUCUUUAAGCAUGGAUAUGAAAAGUACAACACCAUUCGUGCAGAUCCUGCUCUCAGCUUCUUGGAAAGAGUUGGCAAACCAGACGAGAAGGCAAUUGCAGCAGAACAGAGGGCCUGUGACUUUAUGGAUGGAGAUGUUGAUGAUCCUGAAUACAAGCCAGCCCCAGCACUGUUAAAAGAUGACAUUGAGGAUGAUGCAUCCUCACCAGGGGACCUAGUAAUUGCAGACAGCAAUGGAGAUGCACACAUCAUGGAAGGAGAUGCGAUGUAUUGGCCCCCUUCUUCUGCCUUAACCACACGCCUCCGCCGCCUUAUUACCACCUAUCAGCGAAAUACAAAAAAUAGGCAGAUUCAACAAAUUCAGCAAGUCUACUUGGCUCAGCAGUGCCUCCAAACACCUGUCUGUGAGGAGACCAUUACACCCAAGAUGGCAGCCAAAAUAGAAAGACAGCAAAGGUGGACUAGAAGAGAAGAAGCAGAUUUCUACCGUGUGGUAUCCACCUUUGGUGUGGUGUUUGAUCCAGAAGCUAGCAGGUUUGAUUGGACUAAAUUCAGAGCCAUGGCACGGCUUCACAAGAAGACAGACGACAGUCUUCAGAAAUACUUGUGUGCAUUCACAGCAAUGUGUCGACGAGUCUGUCGUCUGCCUCCCAAGGAAGGAGAAGUUGCGGACCCAUCAAUUUCUAUUCAGCCCAUUACAGAAGAGCGUGCCUCACGAACACUCUACAGAAUAGAGCUCUUGCGGAAAAUCCGUGAACAGGUUUUACGGCAUCCUUUACUGUUUGAGAGGCUGAAACUGUGCCAACCAAGUCCGGACCUUCCUGUCUGGUGGGAACCUGGAAGCCAUGAUCGUGACCUUCUGAUUGGUGCAGCAAAGCAUGGAGUGAGCCGCACAGAUUAUCACAUUUUGAGGGAUCCUGAACUUUGCUUCAUGGCAGCUCAAAGCAACUAUAGUCAGAACAAGGGAGCUCAGUCUCGGACUUCCACACCCCUUUUACAACAGCAGCAUCAGAUGACUUUACUGUGCUCACCACUUACCCCACAGCCAAGGACAACAGAUACAAAAGGCACUCAGGCAGAGGACUUGCAGUCUAGAAGUGAAGGGGUUAGCCAAGACAGAGAUUGUUCAGCCACAUCUGAGGAGGAUGAGGGUUCCAUUUCAACAGCAGAGUCAAAAAUUGCAGCAAAGGUCUGGAUUCCUUCAGGGGAUUCACUUCAAUUAGGACUAAAGAGCGGCAGUGACCGGAGGAUGGUGGCUGCAAGGACCAAGCCUCUGACCCCCAAUUCAGUGGCUAAGAAACAACACCGCAAGAGAGGCUGCAGUGGCAGUUCAGGGUCUGACUCUGACUCAGAUGCUUCCUCCUCCUGUUCAUCUCAGUCAUCAUCUUCUUCCUCCUCGUCUUCCUCAUGCUCCCACUCUGGGUCAAGCUCUUCUUCCUCCUCCUCAUCUUGCUCCUCAGGUUCCUCUUCGUCUUCCUCCUCCUCAUCUUCCUCCUCUGAAGACAGUGACAGUGAAGCAGAGGAGAGAAAUAAAAAUGCAGAUGCUAUGCCAAGAAUGAAAGGUUUUGAUGAAGACAGUGUUGCAUCACUCAGCACGACGCAGGACGAGACGCAGGACAGCUUUGUCAUGGACAAUGGAAUACCAAACUCCUCUCCCAUGUUUCACGGGGGUUACAUGCUAGCAGCUUCGUUCUGGCCAAAGGAUCGUGUCAUGAUCAACCGUCUGGACAGCAUUUGCCAGGCAAUCCUCAAAGGGAAAUGGCCAACUGUGCGAAGGACAUAUGAUUGCAACGCAGUAGCAUCCUUCUACACUACCAAGUUGCUGGACAGCCCUACUGCAGCUGCUAACUUAAGCGACUCCAGAGUCGGCACACCUCCACUGCCGGGCCUCAGGGAAGACCCGUCAGUGUCGCCUCAGAUGUUAAAGGUGAAGAAGCAUGUACAACAAGAAAAGGAGUUUACAGUGAAAAUCAAUGACCAGGAAGGUGGGCUGAAACUGACUUUCCAGAAGCAGGGCCUUCCCCAAAAGCGACCUUUUGAAACUGAUGAUAUUCCAAUGGGCCAGCAGCAGUAUUUGGCUCGUCUGCGUGAACUGCAAAGUGCCUCAGAUGCCAGUUUGGCUGAUUUCACCAAGCCAUUGGCUUCCUCAGGUGCCUCUGGUCAAUUGAGACCAAAUGGAGUUCUUGAACCACCUAUGGCAAAGAGGAGAAGAGGCAGGAGGAAGAAUGUAGAAGGAAUUGACUUGCUCUUUCUAAAUAAGAACAAGGUUUCUUUAAACAAUGUUGGAAGUACUCUUCAAGUUAGUCCCAGCAUGUUAUACUGCCAGGGCCAGGGGACACUAGAUAUGGAAAGCCGAAUCCCAGUCAUCAAUUUAAAAGAUGGAACACGACUUGCUGGAGAUGACGCACCAAAGAGAAAAGAUCUAGAUCAGUGGCUGAAAGGUCACCCAGGUUAUGUGGCCGAUGUUGGGGCUUUCAUCCCUGGUGUGAGUAAAAUGCCUUUUCAAGAUGGGCAACCCAAACAGAAAAGGCAUCGUUGUAGAAAUCCAAAUAAAAUUGAUGUGAACAGCCUGACUGGAGAUGAACGUGUUCAGGUCAUCAACAGGAGAAAUGCGAGAAAGGUUGGUGGUGCUUUUGCACCACCUCUCAAAGACAUUUGUCGAUUUCUUCAAGAAAAUCCAGAAUAUGGAAUUCCACCAGAAUGGGCUGAUGUUGUAAAAAACUCUGGUUUCCUUCCAGAAAGCAUGUUUGAUCGCAUUCUUACAGGACCUGUGGUUCGGGAGGAGGUGAGCAGACGUGGACGGCGGCCCAAGAGUGAGAUUGCCAAGGCAGCAGCUGCAGCCUCAGCAGCAAAUACCCCCAUUCUUGGUGUUAACCCUCUUCUUGCUAAUGGCCUGCUUCCUGGUAUGGACUUGUCUAGUCUUCAGGCUCUUCAACAAAAUCUGCAGAGUCUACAGUCAUUGCAACUGACAGCAGGGCUCAUGGGAUUACCAGCUGGUCUAGCCUCGGGGGAUGCCAAUAAUCUGGCCACCAUGUUUCCCAUGAUGCUGUCUGGCAUGGCGGGACUGCCUAACCUUCUGGGUUUAGGUAGUCUCUUGACUAAAUCUUCCGAAACAUUGACCUCUGAGGAUACAAAGGGAAAUGGAGCCAAUGAGUCUUCAAAGCUAUCAUCAGAUAUGAAAAAUGAAAGGACAGAAGGUCAGUCAGCAGAACCUUGCUCAGGAGAGCCUUCUGCCUCAAACUCUCCAUCAACCUCAAUGUCUACUUCAUUAAAUGCUUCUGCUGUGGCUGCUGCAGCAGUGACUGGAUCUCACUCAUUAGCUCUUAAUCCCUUAUUGAUAUCUAGUAUGCUAUAUCCAGGGAUGCUUCUCACUCCAGGCCUUAAUCUUCCUAUUCCAGCAUUGUCUCAGUCCAAUCUCUUUGAUGUGCAAAAAAGUGUAAACAGUGACUCGACCCUAGCGAGUGUCUCCGAGGAGACAGUAGAAGAAGUGAAACGGGAACAUCGGGCAGAGCAGGCAGAGACUGUUAUGCCUACCCCUGACAUCUGUGCAGAUGACGGUUCAGACAAAGAUGUAUCUUCAUCAGAGUCCCAGAGCUCCUCCUCCUCCUCCUCAGACGAUUCAGAUUCUAGUGAUUCUGACUGAAAAAAAAAAUAUAUAUAUGUAUAUAUAUAUAUAUAUAUAUAUAUAUAUAUAUAUAUAUAUAUAUAUAUUAGUGUUAAUGUACUGCACUUAUUUUUUUCUUUGUAAAUAAUGAAAAAGUGUUGAGUGUAAAAAGAAAAAUAAAGAAAAAAGACAGGAAAAUCCUAUCCUGAAAUUACUGAAAUGAGAUUUCAGUGUUUCUUCAGAGGUACAAUACUGUUUUGUACAGUUUGCAUGUAAAUCUUUAUUAGACUUCUGAAGUUGUGAUCUUGUAUUACACAAUGGUGUAGAAUCUCAAUGAAUUAGAAAAAAAACACAUACAAAAAUGCAUUAUUGUAAUUUUUGGGAUUUAAUUUUAUUAAAAACUGUGCUCAAGAUGAGCUGUACAUUUAAUAUAUUUGGUGAUGAAAUGAAAAAAGAAAAGACUUUAUAUACAUAUUUUGAUUUAAUUUGUAAAUAUUUUUACAGCCUCCUUGACACUUAUAAUUUACAGAUCAAACUUUGGAAAACUCAGCAAUAACUUGGGCAGCUAAUGAAUGUCACAGAAGCUGUAGAAUCUAUGUGUCAAUGAAACCAUCAUCUCUACAGAUCCUUAGCUGUAGCCAGCUGUCUUCUCAGAGCCACCUGUAAGCCCAGGUCUCUCAAUGCUGUUCUCUCACAGAUGUCAGAGAGGAAGUUGAAUAGCAAAGCACCUACAUGCAGGUGUUUGGUUCUUUUAUUUUUAAUCUUCAAAAGAUUAUUUCUAGACAAUAUUAAGUAUGAAUAUUACGGAUUAUCUUGCAAAGUGGAUGUUCUAAAGUGAGCUGCACUUUAACCUGAGUUGCACUUUUUGGCCUCAGUAUUCAUUUUGCCUUAUGUGUUUUUUUUUUGUUUUUUUUUUUUUUAAUUUCUGUUUGUUUCAUUUUGUUUUGUUUUUUUUACCUUAUGUCCAAACCUAACCUUGGUUUGGUUUGCAAAAAAAGCUCUUGAUUUGUGCACAAUUCUUUCGGCUCUGAUUGGAAGCAAGGCUUCAAAUGCUCUUGAUCAUUACUGGUGAUAUUUUGAAUUCAGGUACAGUUGUGUUAAAUAAUUUUUAACAAGGAAAAAAAAAACACUUUCCCUCCCCCCCAGCUAGCCAACUGAACUGGCCUCGUUACCUCAGCUGAGUUGAAAUAUAAAGUUUACAGCAGUUUCUUGAUUGUUUGCGAAUUAAAACAAAAGCAAGAAAAUCUGUACAGAGUUGUUCAUCUCACAGACUAAUGUGCCUGCCUUUGCUUGGUGUUUUUCUACUAUUUUAUUUUUGAAUCUCCUGCCACUUUUUCCAGGUUUUUUUUUUUCCUUUUUUGUAGAAGGUGGUCUGGAUUUGAAUAUUCCAUGUUCCAGCUUUGCUGCCAGUUGUCAAUCUCCACAAUUUGUCUUUAGAUUUUUAGAAUGAAGCUGCACGACAACUGGCUGUGCAUUUGACUUUUGGUGGGCCUCAGAGGCAAGGAAGGGUAUCCCUAAUCUAGCUAAAGCUAAUAGUAGUUGUGCAUUGGGUGUGCCUUUCCUGGUGUGACCCAGAAACUGCUGCACUGGUAUACGAGACAGUUUUUGCAGCCUGUAGUGAUUCAGAGAAUUCUGUUAAAGCAAUAGUAUUAUAAGCUUGGGCCACGCAACCAUCAUCAGUAUUCUCAUAGACAUACUGACCUGGCAGUAUCUUCUCAAGGACACAGUAUAUUUUAUAUAUAUUAUAUAUAAAAUAAUUAAUAUAAAUUUUAUAUAUAUUAUAUAUAUUGCUAAAACGCGGACCAUGUGUUGUUGUUAAACUCGGCUCUUUCCACACUCCAGCUUCCUAGGUUUGUUCUUUCUGUCAUGUGCCAGACAUGCAGUGAACUGUUAACUUUAUGGGAGAUUUUAGCUGCUAUCUGUGAACCAUUCUCAAGUUAAAUGUUUGUAUUGCUUUUGGUAGAGCUGAAAAAUAUGCCCAGCAUUGUUACCCACCAGUGUUUUGAAGUGGUGCUAUUGAUUGGUUGAUUACAGGCAUUCAGUUUGAUGCUGGAAACUGUACCAUGAUGGGAAUGAAUUACGUGGAGGCAAUAUGCACUAAACAGCAGCUUGGUAGAACUUCAUCCACAAGCUGAAUAAUUGAUUGAUUUUUAUCAUUGGAUGCUAUCUGUGGUUGACCAAAGUUCAAAAAUUAAAACACACACAUUUAUGUUAAAGGAUAAGGUAUUAGUCUGUGUGAAAAGCUUAGAAGUAAGGUUAUUUGUGCCCUGAUAGCAAUUUAUCCUAAAUGAGGGACCUGCUUAGAGGAAUGAAGUCAUCUGCCUACCACCCAUGUCUGUCACUUAAAUACCAUAGCAGUGGCUGCCUCUUUCAUUUACAAAUUCUCCCCCAGACAACUGAAGUCAUCCUUCAAUUUGGCAAACAACACAGAAUAAAAUUGUCAAUUUACAGUGUACAUUUUAAAUUUGGAAAAAAAAUGUUUCUAUCUACGUGUAUGAUAUAUAGAUAGAAGACAUCCUUCCAUCGAGUGGCCUGUAACACUUCAAUGCUUUCAGUUGCCAGAAUAUUCCUUGUGACAAUCCAAAGUACUUGUACUGAUGGGUGUAUCGGCAAGUCAUUAUGCAAACUGUUCUUGUAUGCAGGAGUCACGGGGAAAGAUGAAAUACACUAAAGAAAGAAAGAUGCUAAUAAAUAAAUCAUCUUCAAAAAAUAAUUCAUGUUAAGUAGUUGCUAAAAAUAGCUGUUCCUGCCUUGUAUUUGUAUACUUUGUCCUGAGCUUGAUAAUAUCUUGAAAAUCAUAUAAAAGUCCAUUGUUUUUUCCAUUUGGACAGUUGCAAUAUUUGCAAGUUGUGGUCUGUGUAGUCAAAAUAAUGCUUUCUGUAGAUGAGGAAGUCUUAAAAAGUCAUUUGUAAUUUAUUGAAUUACUUUCUAUGAAGUUCUAUAGAGCAAAUGGAAGUUUAAUUAUUUUUAUUAAACAUAUUCUUUGACUAUC